GCCAAUCAGAUGUCACUUCCGUUGGGGGCACGGUUGACCUGCGGAAGUAUUGAACCCUGUGAUCAUCAGGAGAAGCCCUUUCCACAUGCAGUCACGCUGGGGUUGACUCCAACCGGGCUUACACGAUGUUGACAUCGAUCUGUAACAGACUGACCUCCCCACCAGCCAGCCUGUUCGAGCCCGCUGGCCGUCCAACUCUGGGACUUUGACCGCCAACCUGCUGGCUGUCUGUUUUGCUCCAUUGAUCAUCCUUUUCUGCACUGGUCCACUGGCUGUCCCAAUCUGGGCCCGUAACUGCUGCAACGCUCCGUCUCCGAUACCGUCACCGCCGUUCAAGGAUAAAAUUCACGUAUUGGUGUUCUACAGUAGCGUUCUGUACCCACAAGUUUUUCUCGACAAAUCUUGGCUGACUUUGUCCAUUUCGUCCUGUUCGUCUUCCAACGCCAACAGAGUCAUGGCUUUGAGAACCGGUUUGGUCUACAAUGAACAAAUGGAGAAUUACAGCCUGCUGUGGGAUUUCCCAGUUUGCAGUAUCGAAAAGCCAGAGCGACUGUCUGCUUCUCAUGAAAAACUGAAAUAUUAUGGUCUUCUGGAAAGAUGCAUCCCACUAUCUGUUCGAGAAGCCACUGAAGAAGAACUUCUGUUGGUUCACAGCUUGGAUUACAUAGAAGAUGUGAAAUCUACUGUAUCUAUGAAUGUUGAAGAGCUGAAGACAUUUUCCUAUAAUUAUAAUGAUGUAUACUUCCAUCCUAAUUCUUACCACUGUGCCAAAGUAGCUCUGGGAGCAACUCUGCAGCUUGUUGAUGCAGUUAUGUUGGGUAAAGUAAGAAAUGGGAUGGCAUUGGUCAGACCUCCAGGUCAUCAUAGCCAGAAGAGUAAAGCCUGUGGAUUUUGUAUCUUUAAUAAUGUAGCAAUAGCAGCCAAAUAUGCAAAAGAAAAAUAUGGAGCAAAGAGGAUUCUGAUUGUUGAUUGGGAUGUGCAUCAUGGCCAAGGAACUCAGUACACAUUUGAGGAGGAUCCCAGUGUUCUAUAUUUCUCAUGGCAUCGUUAUGAAAACCAGCAGUUCUGGCCCAAUUUAAAGGACUCUGACUACAGUGCUAUUGGAAAAGGCAAAGGGGCAGGAUUCAAUGUAAACGUUCCAUGGAACAAGACUGAAAUGGAAAAUGUUGACUAUCUGGCAGCUUUCUUCUACGUUUUACUUCCGAUGGCUUAUGAGUUUAAUCCAGAAUUGAUUCUGGUUUCAGCUGGAUUUGACACUGCAAUUGGAGAUCCAGAGGGUGAAAUGUGUGCUACACCUGAGUGUUUUGCUCAUCUGACUCACUUGCUGAUGCCACUAGCUAAUGGGAAACUAUGUAUUGUGUUAGAGGGAGGAUACAAUUUACGUUCCCUUUCAGAAUCUGUCUGUAUGACUGUCCGAGCAUUACUAGGAGACCCUAUGCCUCCGCUGGUUGGGGAAAUUGUGCCAUGCAUAAGUGCCAUAGAAUCUGUUCAGAAUGUGAGAGCUGUACACCAGCCAUACUGGAAGUUUUUAAAAUAUCAAGAUGUACUUAUUAAUGAGACACAACCGAAGAAACAGAACUUUGGGUUUGACGAAAGUGAUUCUGAAUCAAGUACAGUUACAAGUACAGAAGAGAAGAAAGUCCCUACAGGCUCUGAUGUGAAUCAAGACUUUGAGGAGUUUAUGGAUUCCCACAUGAAGAAAGUUCUAAUAUCAGCCCCUGCCAUAAGAACUGCAUUUGCUGGUUGUGUAGAAAAGCUAACCAAAUUGGAUCAAUGCCUCAAAGUAGAAGAGAGGAAAAUCACCAUAGAAGAAGCUGGAAUUCUCUGCAGUGCCGGUGACUAUACACACCCAAUGGUUGAACAUCUUUUACUCUCCCUGGGAAAAAUAUUUCCACUGAUUGACAAAAUCAUGCAAAGGGAGGCUAGAAAUGGCAUUGUGGUAUCUUCAACACAAUUAGCUGGUGUCUCUGCAGCACGUUAUGCUCUCCGAGUUGGAGCAAACAGAAUUUUUCUUCUGCUGCUUGGAGAAGCUAAUAUUCCAAUUGAUAUUCAAGAGGAUGAAAAAAUUCUGGUGCUGCAGAUAAAUGGUAAACAGUAUGAGAAGAAGCUCAGCAAGUACUACAUUCCAGUCUGCUGGAAGGAGGAUAAUGAAUGGGAUGGGGAUCUUCUUUAUUCACUCUGUGAGGUUAUUCUACCUUUGACAUAUGGAUACAGACCUGAACUGGUGAUCUUGGUAGUGGGAUCUAACAUUGGAAUUCAAGCAAAUACAAUAGCUCAUGUGACACAUUUACUCCAAGUGCUUGCUCAGGGUCGGAUCCUUGUAAUAAGCCAGGUUUUUGUCCUUUGGUCUCUGAGGUUAUAUAUUGAUAAUUUCUUCGGAGUCUUUCAUAUAAGUUACUGCAAGACUGCAGCUGACCAUAACAAUGUGGAAACAGGUCAUUUGGCCCAACACUUCCACACCGACCCUCUGAAGAGUAUCCCAUCCUGACCCAUUUGCCUACCCUAUUACUCUACCCUUCACCCAACUAAUGCACCGAGCUUACACAUCCUUCAAUGCGAUGGGCGAUUUAGCACUGCCAAUUCACUUAAACUUGCACAUCUUUGGACUGUGGGAGGAAACCAGAGCACCCAGAGGAA